AUGGCUCCUCUCAUCUGGCUCAUCACUGGUGCCACCUCUGGCAUUGGCGCUUCCCUCAUCGAGCAAGUCGUCGCUCGAGGUGACAAGGUCAUUGCUUCAGGUCGCAAUGUCGAGAAGCGUCUUGGCCAUCUCAAGUCGGACAAGAUUGCUCUUCUUGAACUCGACAUUACCGCCAACAUUGUCGAUCUCAGGGCGAAGAUUAAACAGGCGUGGGUAAUCUUUGGCAAGAUUGAUGUUCUCAUGAACAAUGCUGGCAUGUCUACCAUGUGCAGUGCUGAAGAGGCUGAUGAUGCCCUCGCCAACACCGUCUUCCAAGUCAACUUCUUCGGACACAUCCGCGUCACCCAAGCCAUCCUCCCCUUCUUCCGAGCUCAAGGCAGCGGCUGCAUUGCCUUUACCUCAUCCGGCUCUGCCUGGACACCUUUCCCCUUCAUGUCUCUCUACGCCGCAUCCAAAGCUGCCAUGAGCUCCUGGGUUGACGCCCUGCACAAGGAAGUCCGCCCUCUUGGUAUUCGCUGUGUUUCAUUUGAGCUUGGCGGCUUCCCUACCAACCUUGGUCAGCCGCGUGAGCCAUCUGAUGCCGGAUUCGGGGCUAACGGCCCGGCUAUCGAGGCGUAUACCCCACUGUUCACAUCUCUCGUGACAAAGUUUGCAACCAACCCUGAGGUGCACAUGCCUGGAGAUGUUACAAAGGGCGCCAAUGCUAUUGUCGAUGUUGUCAAGGGGGAAGGCCUCGCGGCUGGAAAGACCUGGGCAGUUCGAGUUGCGCUGGGCUCCGACGGGCUCGGCUUGGCGAGACAGAGGUGUGAGGAGCAGUUGAAGCUAAUUGGGGCAUGGGAGGACCUCAGCUCAAGCACUGAUCGAGAGGGCGCAGAUGGCUCGCUGACGAACAACGAGAGGUUUGAGUUCACUACUAUCCUUGAGUGA